AUGGCGUUCGACUUUGGCGAGUCCAAGCCCUCGGACCCUACUGCCGACUUCCUGGCGCGCGAGCGCGAGGCUGCCGGUGUGCUUUCCGGCGAUGCAGACCUGUUUGGCUCCUCGGGUGCUGCUGGAGGUGCCGGAUCUGCCGACGACUUUGAGCGCUCCGCAUCCGCCUUCCCUGCGCUCGAUGACGACGGCCUUCCCGCACCCACAUCUUCCAACGCUGCGCCCUCCGGCGGCUUUGGCUUUGACGACAUCGACGACCGACCCGAGCCCACGUCGACAACUUCGGCCAAGCCCGUCGACGAUGAGGUGGGCAAGUUUGAACAGAACUUCCCCGAACUUGACGACGGCGCAGCAACCAACACCAACGGCGCUAGCUACCACGACGAUACCGAUGACUUGAUGAGUGCGCCUGCGCCAGCUGCAUCGCGAUCGGCGGCACCCGCACAGCCUAGCUACUCGUACAGCUACGAGGAGCCCACUGAGGAGGCUGAGCCGGUGCGAUUGUGGCGCGAGUCGCAGAAGGACGCGAUCGCCAAGCGCGAUGCCGAGGGCGAACGCAAGAAGGCGGAAGCCAUCUCGCAGGCCGAGCAGGACAUCGACAAGUUCUACGCCGAAUACAACGCCAAGAAGGAGAAGAACAUCGCGGCCAACAAGGAGGCCGAGGCCAAGCUGAACGAGCAACGCACGCGCGAGCUCGCCGAAGGCACCACCUGGAACCGCGUCACCAAGCUGCUCGAGCUGCAGAACAGCCAGUCCAAGACCAUCGCUCGCUCCGGUCCCGGCAGCUCGGACCUGACGCGCAUGAAGGAGCUCUACCUCAGCCUCAGGAGAGAAGGCGAAACCGCUCCCGGCGCCGCCGGCUACUAA